AUGGUCGAGGUACCCAUUCCUUCUUUCAGUUAUUCCUUCCGUGCCUGCGUUAACAACAGUGAAGAAUCUUUUCAUGGAAACGGCCUGCUAUUCAACGCAACAAAAGUUUAUGAGUGCCUGAUCAACGUACCCUUUCACCCGGCUGUCGGUACUCGACUGAUCAAGUACAUCAACGAUACCAUCCAAUUCCAGAGUACACUUGCUUACCUCGCACAUCCACCCCCGACCUACCAGCAGCCGGCAGUCGACCUAUUAGCUGGCUUGACAGAACUCCAGCAUUGGAUUGACCAAGGGCUCUUUGCAAACGAGUACGAGUUUGAGCUCGCACUAAAUAGGCUGAUAUCCUCGGCGCAUGAUGGUCAUCUCAAUCUGCAUGGCGGUAUGCUGGAGAACUUCAUAUUCGCCGCGCCGGUCGACAUCGUAUCGGUGUCGUUGGAUGGGUUGGAAUUACCAAAGGUUUAUGUUGCACAUGAUUUGUUUCUUAACCAGAGCCAUCCCAAUCUUUGUACAGGCCCUAACAAGAACGAACCUGCUGGUUGCUGGGAACCAUCGCCUAUUAUCAGUAUCAACGGCCAAGAUGUUGUUGACUAUCUCACCGAUUUUGCCGCUUCAAACUCUUUUGGCAAUCUGGAGCCUCAUUCGGAUUGGAAUAUGCUCAUGAGAAGUGCCGCAUUGGACAAUCAAGGAUAUCUAGAAGGAUUCGCCGCGGCCAAUGUUUACGCUGGCGACAAGAUGGACAUACAGUUUGAAAAUCAUACUGUGACUCCUCCGCUCCCAUGGAUAUCCCUCUAUUACACACAGCUUGAGACGGGACCACUCGAAACUGGCGGCGACUUCUACAAUUUCUUUGUACUAGGCCGGUACCCGGCUUCCUUUGACUCUCAUAUCACGAACGAUACUACAGAUGACACAACAGCAAUCGACUCCCCCCGGGCCGCAUUGGUUCUAUAUCUGAGUCAACACCAGCCCCCUCAGAAGUGCGUGAUGCGCUAUCUCUCGGGGACACCGCACCUUACCCCCCCUGGUCGAUGUCAAAAUGGGGACUGGCUUGGAAUUCAAUGGAAUGUCCUUGCGCGGAUAUUUCCUUUAUCAAUCAUCAUUAGCGGUCUUGGUCAUACCCUCCUUUUUGUACUACGGAAGCCGUGCGGAGACAUUCAGCGAUACAGUCAAAUCAUUCAUACGACUUAG